AUGGACCCUCACGUCACACGCGCGACGUCGCGCGAGUACGGCCAGUACGAUGUCGAGAAGACAGACGAACCUGCUCUGGUCGGCCAGUACUCCGGACCCAAGGAGGACCUCCACAUCCGCGGCCUCGAGACCAACCCCGAGACGCAGCUCCACAAGGGACUCAAGGCUCGUCACAUUACUAUGAUCGCCAUCGGUGGUGCCAUCGGUACUGGUCUCAUUAUCGGCACCGGUAAGGCUCUGGCCCAGGCCGGUCCCGGCUCUAUCUUCAUCUCGUACACCAUUGUUGGUUUCGUCGUAUACCUCGUCAUGGCCGCCCUUGGCGAGAUGGCCACCUGGCUCCCUCUGUCCGCUGGCUUCAGCGGCUACGCUUCUCGGUACUGCGACCCUGCUCUCGGCUUUGCGCUCGGCUGGACGUAUUGGUUCAAAUACAUCAUCGUUACGCCCAACCAACUGACUGCCGUCGCCCUCGUUAUUCAGUACUGGGUUCCGCGUGAAGACAUCAACCCGGGUGUGUUCAUCGCCAUCUUCCUUGUCGCCAUCAUUUGUAUCAACUACUUCGGCAUCAAGUUCUUUGGAGAAUUUGAGUUCUGGCUGUCUUCCUUCAAGGUCAUCACCAUUGUCGGCAUCAUUCUUUUCUCGUUGAUCCUCGCCCUUGGUGGUGGCCCAGACAAAGACCGCAAGGGUUUCCGGUACUGGAAAGAACCUGGAGCCUUCAAGCCCUACAUCAAGGACGGCGAUGCCGGCAAGUUCCUCGGCCUGUGGUCGACCAUGGUCACGGCUACCUUCGCCUACCUCGGUACCGAGCUUGUUGGUGUCACCGUUGCUGAGGCUCAGAACCCCCGCAAGACGAUCCCCCGUGCCAUCCGUCUGACAUUCUACCGUAUCCUCUUCUUCUACUGCCUUUCAGUUCUCCUCGUUGGCAUGAAUGUUCCCUACGACUCGCCGAGGCUUGCCUUUGCCAACAAGGCAGCCACGGGUGCCGCCGCUUCGCCUUUUGUUGUCGCGGCCGAGGUUGCCGGUGUCAAGGUUGUCCCCCACAUUAUCAAUGCAUGCAUUUGCGUCUUCGUCUUCUCCGCCUCCAACUCGGAUCUGUACAUCGCCUCCCGUACGCUUUACGGCCUUGCUUCCGACGGAUCAGCUCCCGCCAUCUUCAAGAAGACUGACAAGCGUGGAGUUCCCAUCUACGCUCUGGGUUUCUCCUCCCUGUUCGCGCUUCUGGCGUUCCUCAACGUUGCCGAUGACUCGAAGCUCGUUUUCGGUUACUUCGUCAACCUCACCACCAUCUUUGGUAUCCUAUCCUGGAUCUCAUUGCUCGUCACGCAUAUCUGGUUCAGCCGCGCUCGCAAGGCCCAGAACCUCACGGACGAUGUCAUGCCCUACAGGGCACCUUUCGGCAUCUGGGGCUCUUAUGGUGCGCUGUUCAUGUGCAUCCUUAUCGCCUUGACCAAGAACUUUGACGUCUUCGUCGGGGGUGGCUUCGGCAAGGAGAAGUACAAGACCUUCAUCACUGCUUACCUGGGUAUUCCCCUGUACCUUAUCAUGAUUGCCGGUCACAAGAUCGUCACCAAGAGCAAGGGAGUCAAGCCCCACGAGGCGGAUUUCUUCACUGGCAAGGACAUUGUGGACCGCGAGGAGGAGGAGUUCCUCGCUCAGAAGGCUGCGCGCCGCGAGCUCGAGGGUAAUAAGCGCGGUGGCAGCUGGUUCUACAAGACCUUCAUCGCCUGGAUUCUCUAA